AUGUUGUCCCAAAGAAAGAGAGAGAGAGUUGUUGUUGAGAGUGCGUAUGAUUCAGGGGGGGGGUUGCCCCUUGUAGUCAAGGUACAGGCUGAACUGUUAAUUGCAGCAAGACCCAUUAGAGGAGAAGGAAACCGUAAUGAGGGUGCCAUGGGGGUUGCAGGGCAGACUCCUGGAUCGGCACACUGUACCGGGUGUCAUUUGUGCCGCAGUAGCAAGCAAUUAGAACGUAAUUGUCCUUUAAAGGAAGGUGCGAGUGGGGCGCCACA